CUGCCUAGAACCUGAGGUCCCGUGUGCCCAUCCGCCUCCCGACGUCACCAAUGCGACCAUGGGAACUGGCAGUGAAUAGGCGGCCACCCUCUGCCCCUUUUAACCAGCGCCAUUUCUCGGGGGGAUCCUGCAGUAGCCCCGACCACCUCCGGCGAAGCCCCCCUGCCAGGCGUCAGUGGGGACGACGCGACCGACCUCUGGCAACCCUGCUGGGCCAGGAUGAGCCCCAGCUGCACCCUGCCUUCCCCCAGCAGCCGCACAUCCCUGUAGAUGAGCCCCGUGCCUACGCUCUCCCCAGCACGCCGCCACGAAUGCUUCACCCGGCCACUCACCCACCCCACCAGAACCCAUUCAUGGUGGAUCUGCACGACCAGGUGCACCAGGGGACCGUCCCUCUCUCCUACACGGUUACCACCGUCACGACGCAAGGCUUCCCCAUCCACGCCGGCCAGCACAUCCCUGGGUGCAGCACCCAGCAGCUCCCAGCAUGCUCAGUGAUGUUCAGUGGACAGCACUACCCGCUCUGCUGCCUCCCGCCCCCGCUGAUCCAGGCAUGCGCCAUGCAACAGCUCCCCGUCUCCUACCAGACGUUCCCCCCCAUCAUCUCCAGCGACCAUUACAUCCUGCACCCACCCCCGCCGCCAGUGCCGCCCCACCAGCCACCCCACAUGGCCCCCCUGGGGCAAUUUGUACCUCUCCAAGCCCAGCACCCACGCAUGCCUCUGCAGAGGAUAGACAAUGACGUGGACCUGCGAGGGGAGCAGCACCCCAUCACAGGCUUCACGUACCCCCCGUCCCACCACACUCCUGCGCUGUCCCCCUCUGUGCCGCUGCAUUACCUCCCCCACGACCCGCUGCACCAAGAACUGCCAUUUGGCGUGCCAUACCCCCACAUGAUGCCCCGGCGGCUGAACACCCAGCGGUACCGGCUGCAGCAGGCGCUGCCCCCCCCGCCGCCCCCUCCGCCGCCCCCCCCAUACUACCCGAGCUUCCUGCCCUAUUUCCUCUCUAUGCUUCCUGUGUCGCCAACGGCCGUGGGGCCCACGAUCAGCCUAGACCUGGACGUGGAUGAUGUGGAGAUGGAGAAUUACGAGGCGCUGCUGAACCUGGCCGAGCGGCUGGGGGAGGCCAAGCCGCGGGGACUCACCAAAGCAGACAUCGAGCACCUCCCGUCUUACCGCUUCAACCCUGAGAGCCACCAGUCCGAGCAGACCCUGUGCGUCGUGUGCUUCAGUGACUUCGAGGCCCGGCAGCUUCUCCGCGUCCUGCCCUGCAACCACGAGUUCCACGCCAAGUGUGUCGACAAAUGGUUAAAGGCGAACCGCACGUGCCCCAUCUGCCGGGCGGACGCGUCGGAGGUGCAGCGGGAGGCGGACUGAGGCUGGCGGGCGCUGUGCCGCACAAUUCG